ACCGUUCCAACAAUCGAGAACGACCAUAUCAGCUGAAAAAUAACUGCACACGAUAGCUACAUUUCAGGGCAAGCGAAGAGCAUCCGAUCAACGUGAGCAUCACUAUAAUCAAGGUAUCAAUCAAGCCACCAUCCAACAACAGGAGAUGCGAUUUUUUCGAAGCCUUMUUUUCGUCGCCGUACCCACCCUGAUUCUGCUGUUCACGAUGCCCUCCUCGUCGAAUGGACUCAGCAAUGAAUCMAAAGAAAAAACCCAUUACGAGGUUCUCGGCAUCGAAGAUCCCGACAGGUGCGAGCUUUCUGACAUMAAAAAAGCCUACAGGAAGCUGGCUCUGAAGUAUCAUCCGGACCGCGUUCCGGUCGGGGAAAAAGAAUCGGCGACCGUGAAGUUCCGAGAGGUCUCGGAGGCGUACGAAGUGCUSUCCGACAAAAAGAGCCGAGCCGAGUACGACGAUUCUCUGAGAUACGGUGCCAACGGAAACCGCAACACGGGGCAAGGUCGUCGUCCAAACUACCACGGCGGAUACAACACGAACCAUCGCCACCGCUACCGCGAUCCCUUCGCCCAGUUCGACGAUCUCUUCCGCAACGAUCCCUUCUUUUCGGAAUCAUUCCGAGGCAUGGACGACCUGUUCUCCAAGACYUUUCAGCAGAGAAGGAAUGGCGGCCAUCCGAACACGAAAUCAAAGGGCUGGGGCGAAUGGAUGCUCGACAAACUCGGAGUCCAGAUKACUACUAGCAGCACCAGCACCCGUACGAAUAGGGAUGGAACCUUUUCAUCGUCGUCGUCGACCUACAGCAAUUCAAGGAGCUCGUACACAUCCAAAAGCACGAGAACCAUUAUAGAAAAUGGUCGAAGAAUAACGAUUCAAUCCAUGGAGAAGGACGGGAAUCGCAUAGAAGAAAAAUACGAAGGGAAUAAGCUAGUGCAAAGGUUGAUCAAUGGCCGCCCCCAAGACAUUGGKAGAAUCGCUGGUGGCGAUCUUUGAAUUGGUCGCUCCAAACAAAAGUAGAACCGAUUCGUGUACUGGGUAGCCUAUGUGGCAAUUGGCGGGAAGCAUUUUGCGCUUUCGAUUCAAUAACGAAAGGAUGGUCUCCCAUGGAAAGUCCGUCUGAAAUACAUCGAAAGCGUCGAAGGCAUUUGCUGAAUCGAAUAGCUAAAGAAUGAACAAACAAUCUAUCCUAUCCUWCCAGAGCCCCAACAUAUCUGGUUUAAAUCUAGUUCUUCUGAUACCAUCUUGUGUGUGUCCAUCGAGUCGUGUUAGGAACGAUGAAUUAUUACAAACUAGCUGUAUUCUUUCAAAAAUCUCUUCUUUUAUUUUAAAUCGCUAGCUCAUUUAAGCGYCUCGGUUGUGAUGGCCCGUGGUCUGUAUCAAUGGGUAGCACGUUUACUAAGCUAGUUUAUGCCGUGGUAUGGAACGGAAUUAUUGCAAACCAAUGAUUCUUGUGUCACCAAUCGGACGCAAGAGCAGCAAAAUAAAAUAAAAUAUAUCAAUUAAA